AUGUCCAGGAAACGGCUGAUUCCUAUGUUUCAAACACGGGCCUCGCUGGAGAACCUCCCAGCUGCUUUCUGGGCUCUGCCCAACGCCACCCGCUCCCAGCCCCCUCCUCAGAAUCUCCCCCAGCCCAGUCCGGUCUCCCCGCCGCAGAUUCAGGCGGCUGUUCCCCUCCCUCACGAACGUUCCCAGCCCUGGGACUCCCCCCGCUUCGCGUUCCUAGGGGCUUCCCGGCUGGGCUGCGGCACUGACUUUCUCCAGCUCUCGGGCGCACUCGAGGGAGGGGGCGGCGGCGGCUGCGGCGCGACUCCUUUGUGA